CACUGUAUAUUUACAACAGUGCUCGCCUGCUCACGUUCAGCUGCGCCCACCGAGAGGACAGAACGAACAGAAACAAUACUGCUCCCUGCUAAAAAAACUGGAUAUCUCACUACGGGAUCCAUAAUUAAUCCACUCUGGAUGUACAGAAACCUCUCUGUAUGGAAAAAUCCCUUGCUUGUGAAAACACUGGUGCUUCUGUAGUGGAACGUAGACUACAUUUGGGGACAGUAUGUUUAACUUGAUGAAAAAAGACAAGGAGAAGGAUGGCGUUAGGAAGGAGAAAAAAGACAAGAGAGACCGGAGGGAACGGAUGUCAGCGGCUGAGCUCCGAAGCCUUGAUGAGAUGAGCAUGAGACGGGGUUUCUUCAACCUCAACCGGAGCUCCAAACGGGACUCCAAGAACAAGCUGGAGAUCUCGAACCCGAUCCCCAUUAAAGUGGCCAGCAGCACUGAGCUCAACCUUACUGACAUUGAGUCGGACGGCCUCAGUAACCGCAGCAGCAUGGUCCUGGAUGCAGAUCAGCUCAGCGCGGCCAGUUCCAGCGAUGAUCUGAAGGGCGAUUAUGGCCAAGAUGGACACCGGAGCUCUGUCAAGGAGCGGGCGGCCAGAUUCGGCUCCCUUGCCAUGCAGAACUCACAAAUGGGUUCCAUCAUGAAGCGCUUCUCCUUUUCUCAGAGGAGUAAAGAUGAAAGUCCAUCCGAAGGUUCCACUCCUUCUGGGCAGAACUCGGCUGCCCCGUCUCCACAGGUUGAAACCAAGAUCUUUGACCCCCAACGUACGCCAAGUCUUCAGCAUCAUCAGCAACAGCCUUCUACUGGGAAAAAUGAGCAGGUUCCUGAAAUUGUGAAUAAGACGUUUCCUGCGGACCUGCGCUUGCCUGCUGUAGUGCCACCGCAGACGCCCGAAGUUCGGGAGUUGGUUCUCCAGAGGCGGAACACUGGAGAUUUUGGGUUCUCCUUGAGGCGCACCACCAUGUUGGACCGUGGCACUGAUGGAGGGGUAUAUCGCAGAGUGGUCCACUUUGCGGAACCAGGUGCUGGCACCAAGGACCUGGGUCUUGGGUUGGUCCCCGGAGACCGGCUGGUGGAGAUCAACGGGCGAAAUGUGGAGAACAAGAACAGGGAUGAGAUCGUGGAGAUGAUUCGGCAGUCAGGCGACACGGUUCGGUUGAAAGUUCAGCCCAUCCUGGAGCUAAGCGAGCUGAGCCGAUGCUGGCUGAGGAACACCGAAGGGCUGCGGCGGGAAGCAUUUGACGGACAGGUGGAGGAGGAUCCUGUGGCGAUCCUAAAGGCAGACCAUGCCGCUGCCGCCCAUCCUAAGGUGAAAACAGAGGAGCAGAUAGCUGCAGAGCAAGCAUGGUACGGCUCAGAGAAAGUGUGGCUGGUCCACAAGGAUGGAUUCUCUCUGGCCACUGUGGUGAAGACGGAGACUGGGAGUCUACCAGAGGGGAAAGUGAAAAUCAAACUGGAGCAUGAUGGGACAGUACUGGAUGUGGACGAGGAUGACGUGGAGAAGGCGAACCCGCCGUCAUUUGACCGCUGUGAGGACUUGGCAGCUCUGCUCUACCUGAAUGAGUCCAGUGUAAUGCAUUCCCUGCGCCAGCGCUAUGGAGGAAACCUCAUCCACACAUACGCGGGGCCCAACAUGGUGAUCAUCAACCCUAUCAGCGCCCCCUCCAUGUACUCAGAGAAGGUGAUGCACAUGUUCAAAGGCUGCCGACGAGAAGACACAGCCCCUCAUAUAUAUGCAGUGGCUCAAUCUGCCUAUCGAAACCUUUUGACAACACGACAGGACCAGUCCAUCGUGCUGCUGGGAAAGAGCGGCAGUGGCAAGACCACAAACUGCCAGCAUUUAGUUCAGUACCUGGUGGCCAUCGCCGGCAGCACUGGAAAGAUCUUUACUGCGGAGAAAUGGCAAGCGGUCUACACAAUCUUAGAGGCCUUUGGAAACAGUGCCACCUCCAUGAACAAUAACGCAAGCCGCUUCUCCCAGAUCGUCUCGCUGGAUUUUGACCAGGCUGGUCAGGUGGCCUCUGCAUCUAUCCAGACCAUGCUGCUGGAGAAGCUGAGGGUGGUGAAACGCCCAGAGACUGAGUCCACUUUUAAUGUUUUUUAUUACAUGAUGGCUGGAGCAGACAGCACACUCAGAACGGAGUUGCAUUUCAACCACUUUGCAGAGAACAGUGCUUUUGGGAUUGUGCCUCAAACUAAGUCUGAGGACAAGCAAAAGGCAUCACAACAGUUCACUAAACUGCAGGCAGCUAUGAAGGUGCUGGGCAUCUCUUCUGAUGAACAGAAAGCUCUGUGGCUCAUCCUUGGGGCCAUAUACCACCUUGGAGCCGCAGGGGCCACAAAAGCAGAGGUUGAUGAAGCGGGCCGGAAGCAAUUUGCACGUCAUGAGUGGGCCCAGAAGGCGGCUUACCUCUUGGGAUGCUCCCUAGAAGAGCUCUCCUCUGCGAUCUUCAAACACCAGCCCAAAGGAAGCAUACAGAGAUCCACCUCGUUCCGCCAGGGACCAGAUGAUGUUGGGACAGGAGACAACUCGGCUCCAAAGAUCACAGCUCUGGAGUGUCUGGAGGCCAUGGCUGCCGGACUCUACUCUGAGCUCUUUACUCUGCUCAUCUCACUCGUUAACCGAGCGCUGAAAUCGAGUCAGCAUUCCCUGUGCUCUCUGCUUAUCGUGGACACACCAGGAUUCCAGAACCCAAAGUUAGCCAAGCGGGACCGUGGCGCCACCUUUGAAGAGCUGUGCCACAACUACACCCAAGAACGUCUCCAAACGCUUUUCCACGAACGCACCUUUGUACAGGAACUAGAGCGCUACAAGGAGGAAAACAUAGAGCUUGCAUUAGAUGACAUAGAGUCCAGUACAUCACUGUCUGUAUCAGCUAUAGACCAAGCCUCCACUCAAGCAUUGGUACGGACCUUGGCCAGGACAGAUGAGGCGAGGGGCCUGCUGUGGCUGAUGGAGGAAGAAGCGCUACAGCCCGGAGGCUCAGAGGAAACUCUGCUGGAGAGAUUCUUCAGUUAUUACAGCCCUGUGGAUGGAGAGAGCAAAGGCCCUGCCCUGAUGCUGAAGAGUGAGAAGGCACAUCACUUUCUGUUGGGUCACAGCCAUGGGACCGACUGGGUGGAGUAUGAUGCUCGGGGAUGGUUGAGCCAUGCCAAGCAGAAUCCUGCCUCUCAGAAUGCGGCCAUAUUACUGCAGGACUCUCAGAAGAAGAAUAUCAGCGGCUUGUUUAUGGGGCGUUCAGGGGGAGCCACAGUUUUGUCAGGCUCUAUUGCUGGGCUCGAGGGUGGAUCACAGCUGGCACUGCGCAGGGCAACAAGCAUGAGAAAGACCUUCACCACUGGUGUGGCCGCUGUUAAAAAGAAAUCCCUCUGCAUCCAGAUUAAACUGCAAGUGGAUGCACUGAUAGACACAGUGAGGCGGUCCAGGGUGCACUUCGUGCACUGUCUGCUGCCUAAAGCAGAGACUUCACCCGGGGAUUUGAAGGUGCUGGGAGGACCCUCGUCUCGCUCUGGGGAGAUAGAUGCACAUGGAGAAAGCUGCGACAACGGCCUCAUGCAGCUGGAUGUGUGCUUGCUUCGGGCGCAGCUCCGUGGCUCCAAACUGCUCGACGCCCUCCGCAUCUACCGCCAAGGUUAUCCCGAUCAUUUGGUCUUUUCGGAGUUCCGUCGUCGCUUUGAUGUGCUGACUCCCCACCUGACGAAGAAGCAUGGGCGGAACUACAUCGUAACCGAUGAGAAAAGGGCUGUGGAAGAGCUGCUGGAGGCUCUUGAGCUGGAAAAAAGCAGUUUUCACAUGGGUUUGAGCAGGGUGUUCUUCAGAGCAGGUGUUUUGGCUAAAUUAGAGGAAAACCGAGAUAUCCAGACCAGACGCAACAUCACCCUGUUUCAGGCUGCAUGCAGGGGCUACCUGGCCCGACAGACCUUCAAGAAACGGAAAAUCCAGGACUUGGCAAUCCGCUGCAUCCAGAAAAACAUCAAGAAGAACCGGGGUGUGAAAGGCUGGCCUUGGUGGAAGCUCUUCACCACCGUCCGUCCUCUCAUCGAGGUUCAGCUUACAGAGGAACAGAUCCGCGGCAAAGAUGAGGAAAUUCAGCAACUCAAGCUGAAGCUGGAAAAAGUGGAGAAGGAGAGGAAUGAGUUGAGACUCAAUAGUGACCGACUGGAAAGCAAGAUCGCAGAACUGUCAUCAGAGCUUGCAGAUGAGCGCAACACGGGCGAAUCUGCCUCGCAACUUCUGGAGUCCGAGACCUCGGAGAGACUGAGGCUAGAGAAAGACAUGAAGGAACUACAGGCCAAGUUUGACACCAUGAAGAAGCAGACGGAUUCUAUGGAGAUGGAGGUGAUGGAGGCACGUCUCAUACGUGCAUCAGAGCUCAACGGGGAAAUGGAUGAGGAUGACACAGGAGGAGAAUGGAGGCUCAAGUAUGAGAGAGCCAUCAGAGAGAUCGAGUUUACCAAGAAGAGACUCCAGCAAGAGUUUGAUGACAAACUGGAGGUUGAACAGCAAAACAAGAGGCAGCUGGAGAGAAAGCUGACAGACCUGCAGGCAGACAAUGAAGAGGUGCAGCGCGUGGUGCAGCAGCUGAAGAAGAAAUGCCAGAGACUGACAGCCGAGCUGCAGGAUACCAAACUGCACCUGGAGGGGCAGCAGAGCCGCAACCACGACCUAGAGAAGAAACAGCGCAAGUUUGACUCUGAGCAGACUCAGAGUCAGGAGGAGGUGCAGAGAGAGAAGAGCCAGCGAGAGAAACUGAGCAGAGAGAAAGACAUGCUGACCGGGGAAGUGUUCAGUCUUAGACAACAACUGGAGGAUAAGGAUCUGGAGAUAUGUGCUGUCAAUCUGAAGCUCGAGCAAAUGGAGGCUGAGCUUCAAGAUCUGAACUCACAGGAGUCAAAGGACGAGACGUCAUUGGCCAAGGUUAAAAAGCAGCUUCGUGACCUUGAGGCAAAGGUCAAAGAUCAAGAAGAAGAACUUGAUGAGCAGGCUGGAACCAUUCAGAUGCUGGAGCAGGCCAAGCUCCGUCUGGAGAUGGAGAUGGAGAGACUGAGACAGACGCAUUCGAAAGAGAUUGAGAGCAAAGACGACGAGGUGGAGGAGAUCAGACAGUCCUGCAGCAAGAAGCUCAAGCAAAUGGAAGUGCAGCUGGAGGAAGAGUAUGAAGAGAAGCAGAAGGUCUUGCGUGAGAGGAGAGACCUGGAAGCCAAGCUGAUGAGCGCUCAAGAACAGGUGAGCCACAGAGAUGUGGAGACAGAAAAGCGUUUGAGAAAAGACCUGAAGCGCACAAAGGCCUUGCUGGCUGAUGCCCAGCUCAUGCUGGAUCACCUGAAGAACAACGCUCCCAGCAAGAGAGAGAUCGCUCAGCUCAAGAACCAGCUCGAGGAGUCGGAGUUCACUUGUGCUACUGCGGUCAAAGCCCGGAAGUCAAUGGAAGUGGAGAUUGAGGACCUCCAUGUCCAAAUGGAUGACAUGUCUAAAUCCAAGCAGGCGCUUGAAGAGCAGCUGAGUCGUUUGCAGAGGGAGAAGAAUGACCUGCAGUCUCGCAUGGAGGAGGAUCAGGAGGACUUGAACGAACUCAUGAAGAAACACAAAGCCGCCGUUGCCCAGUCCACACAGAAUCUGGCCCAGAUCAGUGACCUACAGGCCCAGCUGGAGGAGGCCAUGAAGGAGAAACAGGACGUCCAGGAGAAGCUCACAGCCCUGCAGAGUCAGCUAGAGUUCCAACAGCAGUCCAUGGUGGACAAGUCUCUGGUCAGCCGGCAGGAGGCCAAGAUCCGUGAGCUGGAGACCAAGAUGGAGUUUGAGAAGACACAGGUCAAACGCUUGGAGAGUCUUGUAGCGAGGCUGAAAGAGAAUCUCGAGAAGUUGACUGAGGAACGAGACCAACGCAGUGCCAGCGAGAACCGGGAGAAAGAACAGAACAAGCGUCUCCUGAGGCAGAUUCGAGACAUCAAGGAGGAGAUGGUCGAGCUGGCCAAGAAGGAAGCGGAAGCCAGCCGCAAGAAACACGAGCUGGAAAUAGAUAUUGAGAGUUUGGAAGCAGCAAACCAGAGUCUCCAAGCGGAUCUCAAGCUGGCCUUCAAGAGAAUCGGAGACCUCCAGGCUGCUAUUGAGGAUGAGAUGGAGAGUGAUGACAACGAGGAUCUCAUCAACAGUUUACAAGACAUGGUGACUAAGUAUCAGAAACGAAAGAACAAGAUUGAUGGUGCCUCUGAUACUGACUCUGAGGUGGAGGACCGCGUUGAUGGGGUGAAGUCAUGGCUGUCCAAAAACAAGGGCUCUGCCAAGAACCUGUCAGAUGAUGGUAGUCUGAAGAGCUCAAGAUUUGCUGUAAAUGUUGACGGAAAGGAGGGAAAAGAGUGGGAAGAGGGUAAAGAAUGGAAAGGCAGUGGCAAAAGUAAAGAGUUAGAAUCCAGCAGGCCUGUGUCUGUCAUGAGUUCCCUCAGCUACAGGAAACGCUCCAACAUGAAGGACUCCAUUGGAGGUAAGGGAGACGAGAGUUCACUCCUCAACACCCUCAAAGCACAAUCUGAUUCCCAGGACCUCUCCUCCUUCCGCAAAAACAAAGUCAAGCAGGAUGCUGAGGAGGAAUCUUCUUCUGUCAACUCCUGGAGGAAGGCAGGAGAUGAUCUUGAUGAUCGGGGUUCUGUCAUCUCUCAGGCCUACUCGGAAGCUGCCAGUCGAGCGAGGAAGGGUAUGGACAGCCGCUGGUCGGAGUUCGAUAAGGAGUCCAUUGUGUCCUCUGUAACUCCGAGCCGGGUUUCCACCCACCGUACUGCGAUGGACCUAGAUGACGAUGCCAUUUCCAGCGUGAGUCGCAUGAGUUUAGUAAGCCGGCACCGGAGCAUGCCUCGUCUUGAUGAUCGGCAGAGUGAAUACGGUUCAGCCAUCAGCCCCAGCCUGAGCCACCGCAGCCCAGGCAGUGUGAGCCGCGCCGACUCCCGCAUGUCACUGGCUCGCAGCUGUCGCCUCAGUGAAUUUGAUGAAGAUGAUGAUAGCCAAAGCACAGCAUUCAGCGAGGCUCGCUCCAGCGCUUACAGCCCUCACUCUACCUCUGGCCGAAGCUUCUCCAUGCCUCCACAAGCCCGGACCACUGACUCCAGCCCGCCUGAUGUCUCGGACGUCAAGCCGGUCAGUCACCGCAACUACCUGGACCCUGACCUGGAGGCUGCCAUUAAUGAAGUGUUAAGCUUCAAGCCUAUCAAGUUCAAGCGCACCAGCUUGGAAGACUCUGAAGUAGAGAAAGAUAAACCUGGUGAGGAGGAGGAUGACCGGAAGAGUGCCAGCAGUUCCAGGACUGGCAGAGACAGUGGGCGCUCCUCCAGUUUGCGCCGCUCUGCUUCAGCCGUGGACUUUAUGCGUUCCAGCAGUAGCCUUAGCACACGCAGCAGCCGCAGCAAAAAGGGCAAGAGCAAGAGCAAGAAGAAGAAUAAGAGAAGCCACAGCUCGGAAUCAGACAGCUCCGAUGAUGACCGCAAGAAGAGGAGCUCCAAGAAGAAGAGCAAGAAGUCCAAGAAGAAGUCCAAAAAAGAGUCUUCAUCUUCCUCCUCAUCCUCAGAGUCUGAGUCUAGCACAGAGUCGGACACCAGUUCAGGAGUGUCCACUGUUUCUUACAGAAGCUCUAGCAGUAUCAAGAAGGCCCCUGGCAGACAGGCAUCGGGCUCUGAAGGAGAGCUGGAGCCUGAAGGCCCCUCUCAAGGAUCUCCUCCACUGUCCAAGAAAGAGGAGAAGAAGAGGAAGAAGAAAGUGGAUAAUCUUAUGAUGAAGUACCUGUACAGGCCUGACAGUGACUAAAGAUGGCAGUAGCCCACCCUCAGGUCGCAGACGCUUCUGCCUUGACAGAUCUGACGAGGAAGAGGAAGAAGAAAAAGAGGAAGGCCGAAGCACCUACCUCUCCCUCAACAAACGCAGCAGCUACCUGAAUAACAGCGAUGGCGAGACCACCGCAUAGCUGCCCCCGCGCACACAUUCACAAGCUUAAGAGUUUAAUCAGUGUCUUCCUUCAACUCUGAUCCAGAUGAGAGGAUUUCAGCAGAAGUGGAGCAUGAUGGGACGCACUCUGACAAAGACAUACCCCUCGUUUCUUUUGACUUGUUAUUAGUAUUAUUAUUUCACAUGUGCUUUGUGUUUCGAGCUUUAAAGGGUUUGUACAGCAUCAUGAGUCACACCACUGUUGACUCUUUCCUCUUUGUGUGCUUUUACUUCUGACGUUCUUUCUCUUUCUUUCUAAAGAAGCAGCGACUUUACCAAACGCUGUGCUUGCAUUCCUACUCCGGUCAGAUUCAGUAAUGGAUAUUGCUUGGGGCAACGCGCUGCAGCCUCUUGCAUGGUCAGGCCUGAGCCAAAGAUACAUGGCAUUGUGGAAACGUGAAAUCUCUGGAUCUUUCUGUUGUGUUAGAUUUAAAAGAAAAGAAGCCAAGAGAAAAAGGCAAUGAAAAUAUUAUAUUACCAAAAAAAAACAAAAAACGUUGUUUUAGGUAUGCGAGCUAAUUUUUAUUUUAUUUUUUUCUUGACUUGAGAUGAGGUGGGGCUGAUUUAAGGUCUCCACGACUGUUGUUUUCACAGACCUGCUUGUAUCGUUCUCUCUCCACCUCUUCGCUUUCAUACAGUGAAGGAGUCAUGUUUUUUGCUCGGGUAAGUGAGAGAGAGCCCAUUUCUCCUCUCGGUCUUCACUUUGCUUUGAUGAUUUGAGUGGAGAGGAAAAAAGGCGAUCAGGUCAAUGAUACGAGAAGAGGGCAGCGUUUUGGGCAGAUCAGGUCUGGACUCUAAAAGCUUUUUUCCCCCUCCAUAAUAUGCCUGUCUUGUUCUGUUUUGACUGAAUUGACCAUAGUACGUGUUUGCUCAUAGUGGACAUUGUAUGGCUCAACGGUUUAUUCCCACACUUUCUUGUUGUGGUUGUUAUUGUUCUCAGGCUUUUUUUAUCAUAGAUGUCCGGCUUUCCCAAGGGAAUGCCCAUGAUCCUGGAUAUAUGGGGCAUUGGGGUAAUUUAUCAUCCAGCUCUACCGAUACUGGAUAAACCGCUUCAAAGUUGCUUUUUUUUCGCUGAUGUGAUGCAACCAGAAACAGAUGGAGAUGGAGAUGUUUGACAGAACUGAUACUGUGAAAUCCCAGCUUCCCUGCUGCAUGUCAUCACAUUGGAUUCAUCCAUUUUUUUUGGGGCCUUACCUAAUGACUUUGAGACUCACUUGAACUCGUAUGGACACACACCCCUCAGAUUUCCAUUGUUGCCUUCUGUUUUGUUGUUCUGCUUUCGUUGUAGUAUUUAUGAUGAAGCUGGCAGAAUAUAAAGCAACAGCAUAUAAUGGCAACGAAAGGAUGUCAUUCUCUUCGAUUUUUAAAGGGAGACCACGUGUGUAUUUAACAUGGUUUUAGAGACCCUCUGCAAGGGUCAUCCACUUUAUCCUCUUUUCUAUGCAGCCAAUAUUGAUUUUAAUAUGAAAAAUGAGCUUUUUAUGAUGUUUCUGGCAAAUUAAAACGUGGCUACAAGAUGCAUAACAUUUGCUGGCUGUACACAUUAAUAUAAAAAUUAUAAAUAUCUGUAUGAUUCAUUCUAGCUUUCAAAAUAGCUAAUGUUUAUUUUCUUUUGAAUAAAUGACCACUUGAUAAUAAUUUUGCAUUACAGUUUAAUAUAUUGUAAAUAAAUGAUUGUGAUUGUUUUAGACUUGUUUCAACAUGCUUAUUUCAUAAUGCAUUUUCUUUUAAUAACAGUCACAAAAGGAAAAACAUUUUUGUUGGUAUGCUCAACAAUUUUCCCCGUCCCAUCUUGGUUGAGUAGAAAAAUGUCUCUUUUAACUCCACUCUGAGUCCUAUUUUAAUGCAAUAAAUAAAAUUAAAUGCA